AUGGGCUUCACCAGUCCCUGCCAGGGCAAGCUGACGGCUGCUCUGGAUGGGGCGCGCCAGAUCCUCCACCCAGCGCUGGGGCGGCAGCCCCACGACCCCCUCCCCUUUUCUCUGGUAGCCUCGGCACAGCAGGCAGACGACUCUCCGUGGGAAGAGGCCGAGCUGGAGCAGCGCUACUUCUUCGACAUCUCCACGCUGCCCGAGGGGGACGAGGUGGUGGGCGCCGAGCUGCGGAUCCUGCGCAAGCCCCCCGAGAACCGGAGCCUGGCGCUGUCCCCGGAAGGCCUCCUGCACCGCCUGCUGCUCUCCGCCUGCCCGGCCGGCCCCGAGGGGAGCGCCCAGCUGUGGGACUCGCGGGCCGGGGACCUCUUGGACUGGGGCGGCGAGGCGGAGGCGGCGGCCAAGUGGGAGGUCUUCGACGUGUGGGCGGCGCUGGGGGGCGAGGCCGGGCGGCCGCCGCGGCUGUGCUUCCUCCUGCGGGUGGUGUCGGAGCGCUCGGGCGGCCUGCUGGCCCCGGGGUCCCUGGGCUUCCGCCCGCAGCCGGAAGAGGAGGCCGAGCGCGCCCUGCUGGUGGUCUUUGCGCGCAGCCGCCGGAAGGAGACCCUCUUCCAGGAGAUCCGGGACAAGGCCCAGGCGCCGGGCGGGGCCCUGCUGGAGCCGCCUGCCGGCCGCCAGAGGAAGCGGCGGCGGAGGACGGCGCUGGCCGGGCGGGCGGCGGGGCGUGGCGGCGGCGGCGGCGGCGGCGGGCAGGGCAGGAGGGCCAAGAGCCGCUGCAGCCGCAAGGCGCUGCACGUCAACUUCAAGGAGCUGGGCUGGGACGACUGGAUCAUCGCGCCCCUGGACUACGAGGCCUACCACUGCGAGGGCGUCUGCGACUUCCCGCUGCGCUCCCACCUGGAGCCCACCAACCACGCCAUCAUCCAGACCCUCAUGAACUCCAUGGACCCCGAGGCCACGCCGCCCUCCUGCUGCGUCCCCGCCAAGCUCAGCCCCAUCAGCAUCCUCUACAUCGACGCCGGCAACAACGUCGUCUACAAGCAGUACGAGGACAUGGUGGUGGAGGCCUGCGGCUGCAGGUAGCG